AUGCAGAAAUCGCCCAACGGCCUCGUCCCGGCGCGGAACUUCUUGGAAAGAUGCAUGGCGCCGCGGCCGGAAUUCAACGACGGGGAGAUCCAUGACCCCAUGGAAGUGAGGUUGCACGACGGGCCCGAUGGCCUGGGCGAAUUGCAGAGCUUGCGGACGCCGACGAGCGCAUAUGGGAAACGGGUCAGGCAAUUCGAGCCCCUGCUCGACUCGUCGUCCAUCGACAGCCACGGAUGGGCCGAGAUUGCGCAAACAAUAUUCCGAAAUUACAAGCUGUUCGACGGAUUCGUCGUCCUUCACGGCACCGACAGUCUCGCUUACACCUGUUCGGCUCUAAGCUUCAUGUUGCAGAACUUGGGCAAGCCCGUCAUACUCACUGGUUCCCAGGUGCCCUUCUCAGAACGCAAGAACGACGCGAUGGAAAAUCUCCUCGACUCCCUGGAUAUUGCAGGGCACUUCAUGAUCCCUGAGGUCUGCCUCUGCUUCAACUCCACGCUGUUUCGGGGCAACAGAACAACAAAGGUCUCGGCAAGCGCGUUCGAUGCGUUUGCUUCUCCCAACUUUCCUCCGUUAGCCAAAAUCUCUGCGAUCGAUACCAGCGUCGAAUGGAGUCUGGUCACAAGGUCUACGUCCUUGGAGGCAUUCAGCGUUCAGGCGAACCUCCAGAUCCAUUACGUGGCUUGUUUGCGCAUUUUUCCGGGUAUCAAACCUAGCAUGGUGGACUCGGUCCUGAGGACCGAGGGCUUGCAAGGCCUUGUCCUCGAGACGUUCGGUGCUGGGAAUGCUCCCAGUGGGCAUGAUAACAAGCUCACGCAGGUAAUCACCGAGGCCGUGCAGCGCGGCAUCGUGAUUGUGAACAUCACUCAGUGCUUGACCGGGAGUGUCAACCCUCUUUAUGCGCCGGGAAUGGUGCUUGGGCGUGCAGGAGUCGUCGCAGGUGGUGAUAUGACAAGCGAGGCGGCGCUGACCAAGCUGUCGUAUCUGCUGGGCUUACCCGGGGCCACACCGGAUUCAGUGGCUAAAGGCAUGGCAGUCUCAAUUCGCGGUGAGCUUUCUGAGCACGCGGGUACUAUCUUCAGACACCCAACCGGCGAACUUUCGUCGCCUGUCGCCCAGCUCACAGCGAUCGCCUAUGCGAUCGCAAGCGGAGACGUCGAGAAAGUGAAAGACCUGCUUCGCAACGACAGCCAGCUCAUGAACCGCGCGGACUACUCUGGAAAUACGCCGGUCCAUCUCGCAGCGACGGGUCCUAGCCUGGCCGUCCUUCGGCACCUUCUAUCCCUUGGUGCAUCGGUACACAUCCGAAACCACACUGGAUCAGGCAGGACACCACUCUUUCUUGCCGCGAACGCAGGUCUCUUACCGCAUGUUUUGCUCUUACGGCAGGCGGGCGGACAUCUCCAUGCCGAAGAGUUGGAGACGGCGAGACUCCACGCCAGCCAACGACCAGACGUAUGGAAGGCAGCCGGCCUGGAGGCGCCCUAA